AAUUCACUUCUCAUCCACUGUCUUUAUAAGGAAGCUGGAUGCCAUUAAGAAAUUCCCCUUUUCUCUCUUCUUCCUCUGUUUUCUCUGUUUUCUUUUGCUCUUCUUCUUCUUACUCUGUUCUCUCUGUUUCAAUUUGCUUGUAUGGUCUGCUCAUUGCUUGCAUAUUCUCCAAUGGGUUUGUUUGAAGAAGACUCGUCCUCAUCAGGCUUGAUAGUGAGCCAUGUUUUAUACAAAGCAGCUUUUGUAAUUGCCUUAAUGAGAUGGGUUUUGUACUGGGCCCUCAGACUCAGACAAAGACUCUUAUCUUCUUCUUCCUCCUCCUCCUCCUCUGUUUCUGACCAUGGCUACAAUUUCCUGGAGGCAGAGCAUGGUGAAUUACAAAACUACCCUCCUGUGCCUUCCUCUUGCUCUUCUUCUUCAACCCAGUUGAUCAGAGACUGCCUUGUGCAGACCACCUUUGAAGAAAUUACCAACAGACAAGGAAGCUACAGACCCAGCAGUGGCUGUGACACGUGUGCUGUGUGCUUGAGUCAGCUGGAGAUGGAGGAUCAGGUGAGGGAGCUCAGGAACUGCAGCCACGUGUUCCACACAGAAUGCAUCGACAGAUGGCUGGAGUAUCAUGAUCAUCAUGAUCAUCAUCACGAUGAUAACCACAGGACUUGCCCACUCUGUAGGACCCCUUUGCUGACGUCAUCCCAAAUCCAGAGCUUGAGCUGGGAUCACAGAUCCCAGCCCAGCUGGGCUGUGGAGAGACUGCUCUACCUCUUUGGGGAUGAUCUGCUGUUGUGAUUUUUUAUUUAUUUUUGAAUGUGCUUCUUGUAGGCUUGUAGUUGUAGUUACAUUUUAUAGAGCAUUUUAAUUCAGGUGAAAAAUAUUAUCAGUGUACAAAUUGGGAUUCUUAUGAUUUAUGUGUAAGGGAGUUGUUUUUGGGCCAGGCUAAGGGAUGAUUUUGUAAUUUAUUGGAUCGGUUUAUAGGACAACGACCCAGUGAAGACCAAAUGACGUGCUUGCUGUGGUCUAAUCAAAGUGAAUUAUUUCCCAGCCA